AUGUGCCGAUGGGGUUGCAUGUCAUUUGAAGCAACAUUUAUGUGCAAAUUUUGUGGUACACGAUUUUGCGCUGAAUGUCUUCGAGGUGAUUUCAACGGCACUAUGAAAGAUCCUGCACAUUGUCGAAAGUGUAAUCAGACAAACUGUCAAGGAAAACGAGUUGAAAUUUAUGAAUUUCCCGACGGUCAAGAACCAAAAGGUGCGAAAGGCAAAGGUCGAGACAAAAGCCCGAAGAAGACACCGGCGAAGAAAAAGAAGAAAUGA